UAAUUAUUAUCGUGAAGUACUACAGGAUGAGGAUAAGUGAAUGUUCUCUUAGCAGCCGCAAAGUGAAUCUAACCGUCUACCGUUGUCACCGUUAUCAGUGAUUGCAUGACUCACUGGAUAUGUUGGACACAAUAGGUUUACUGGUGCUAACGGGGCUGCUGUGGGGGUGCACCAACCCCUUCAUCAAGCGCGGCACGAAGGGUCUGCGCGACGUGCGAGAGAGCACUUGGCCCGCACAGGCCUGGGCUGAAGUCUGCUUUCUGCUCGGGAACUGGAGAUAUGUGUUGCCGUGGCUUGUGAACCAACUGGGCUCGCUAGCGUACUUAUUCGCCGUGCGUCGUGCUCCGCUCUCACUGGCGGUGCCGGCCGCCAACGGACUAGCGUUCGCCGCCACCGCCGCCACCGGAGCCGCGGCCGGCGACCGGCCGCUAGACAGAAGUACGAUUCUGGGGAUAGCGCUGAUCGUGGCGGGCACGGCGCUGUGUUGCUGGGACCAGGUGGACUAGCCUCGGUUCAACCGAGUCGGUUUUAACAUGCUUUGUCACGUGAUAAAUAUGUGAUAAGACAUCGAACUUUUUAUAUUAUGUAUGUAAGAUGUGAACAAUUUAUUUCUAAAUUUAUCUACGUAGUUUAUAACGGGGUUGUUAAUAUAUAGUACAUUGUGCAACGAGGGGGGUAAGCGAGUUUUUGUAUACGAGGUCUAUAAUUCCCGACAGCCGCAGGCUGGAGGGUAUUAAAGAUUCGAGUUUACAAUGUUCUUACCCCCGCAGUUACACACAAUGUUUUUAAUCACACUUGCGGAAAAAAAACUAAAUUUUAAGCGAAAUAAUUAUUAAAUACGGUGACAUUUCAAACAUUCGUCCGUAUUGUCAUUUCUUCGCAGGUUAGGCAUCGAAGGCACAGAGUUCUUCGUCAUUCAGCCACGAUUGAAAAUUGUGUAAAAAUAUUUUAACGGCUAUUAAAUUAAUCAAAUUAAAUAUUGUUGGUAGUUUUGAGCACCUUCACCGCUCCGAUAUACUUGAUGGCGACUGUAGUAACUCAAUCGCUUACGUUUCAUUUGACAAUACAGUUAGUUACUACAAAACAAAUCGUCAUUACCACUACAAGUUCAUAGCCACAGUGAGCCGUAUUAGUACCAUAAUAAUUUUGAUUUUUGUUUAAUUAUUUUUUAGUAAUUAGUGAGUUUUGGUUGUCUUUGUUGUGGUUGACUAUCUACUUCAGUGUCAAAUUGCGGCUACUACAUUUUGUACUUCCUUACGCGUUUGAAUAUUCCUUUGUCUGUGGAAGAGAUAAAAACAACAUCAUUGUUUCCAUAUAGUUUAUUAUUUCUCAUUUAAUUUCUACAUCUAUUUAUUGCGUCUAAAUGUUUCAAUAAAUAUUGCACAUCCGUAUGUAUCUUAUUUAAUUAGUUAAUUACAAAUAAAUAGGCACUGGAAAUAAUAUAUUUCGCAAAAUAUAAAAAAAUAUACUUAAACACUAACGACAAGUUGUUUUGGGAGAUGUAAAAUUUGUUUCAAAUUUAAUUUAUAAUGUUAUAAUAAGAGUACACAAGUCCCGAACGCAACUAUGUAUGUAAUUAAGUAAUACACCGAAAUACAAAUAUACUUCUUUGGAGUUUUCUUUAUUAUACAUACAUUUUUUUUACAUACAAUUGUGAACUCACAACUUAAAUGCUUAAUUAUUUACAGAUCAUUAAAUUCUAAAUUACCAAUACAUGUUAUCCAAUAAAACCAUUUUGAGUUAGCUAAACUUAUUGACAUGAUUUUAAAUCAAAGUCUUAAUAAGAAUGACUGUUU